AUCCGGCCGUGGCUGCGAUAGCUCGCAGGCUACAAUGGCGCGCGUCCUAGAAUACACCAAAUACUCAUUGAGUGCAGGAGCCCCAUAAAGAAGGCUCUAUGCUCUUAGGUUCGUUGACUUCUCUGUCAGUGGACCACAUCACACGAAACUUUCAGCCUGAACCUAUUACCAACCCUGGCAAUCCUGCAACCAUGAAAGUCAUCCUCACAGGUGCAACAGGCCACAUUGGCGGAGCAGUUCUUCAACGUCUCUUGACCGUGCCGGCAGUAACAUCUAUCAUCGUGCUUUCACGACGAGAACUCACCAUCAAAAACGCCAAACUCAAGACCAUCAUUAUCAAAGACUUUCUCCAUUACGACAAAGAUGUUCUGGAUCAGCUUGCGGGGGCCGAAGCCUGUAUUUGGGUCCUUGGCACUCCGACUCAAGGCAAAGACGUCCACAAUGAUAUGACAUUCGCAGCGACCAAAGCAUUCGCCGAGAAUGUCCUGCCGACGCUGGAGAAGGGGAAGCAAUUCCGAUACUUGUAUACCAGCGGAGCUGCUGUUGUACGCGACCAGGAUGCGGGCUUGUGGUUCCUGGAUAAGACGCGCAAAUUAAGGGGUGUGGUCGAAAUUGGCGUCGUUGAUCUCGAGAAGCAGCAUGGUGAAAAAUGGAAGUCGUAUAUAGUGCGACCCGCGGCUGUGACGACCGGCAAGCCCUUGUGGUCGUUCGUCUUCGGAGGUUGGUGGAUUCCAAAAGAGGAACUUGCGGCGGCGAUGGUUGACAUUGCUGUGAAUGGUGGAGAGAAGCAGACGCUGGAAAGUGCUGAAUUACGGCAAAGAGGGCAGGCGUUGUUGGACCAGCAGUGACGGACAGCCUCGUUCAACUGCAAUGGCAGGACAUAUCUGCCAUAUAGCACAUUCUGCAAGUGCUUGGCAACCGGUGGUCUUGAUGCGCAUCCUAUUCGCCCACAUCGGCGCGUCUUGCGGUCGUUGUUUGAUCGGAUGAUAAUGGAAUGGGAGUGUGAACAGAUGGAGACAUCAAUAUUUGACGCAGUCGGAGGUCGGAAGCAUACCACCAAUGAGCACCAAAGCCGAUAUCGAUAGCGUCAAAGCUCACACUAGCGCCGUGUCAAGCAUGAAGCUCGAGCUCCUCCAGCCAUCUGAUAUUCGGAUGCUCGAGCUCCCAAGAAAAGAAGUCUUCACUACCGCCCGUACCGAACAACAUACGUAC